AUGCACGGACCAGGAGAAUCACAAGAUAAUUCUACCCGCUGUCGCAGAAUAUCCUCUUCGUCAGCCACACUCGUUGGUGCAACUCCAUCAGAGCAAUUGAGAGGUGGGACACCCCAAGGAAAUGAAGACGAUGUUUGCACAUACAACAGUGGAGAUCAUGGUUCGAGCAUGACGAAUGUUCAGGAGGAGGAUUUUGUUCUUCCAGAGCUAUUGCCAUCGUUUGAAAUGUAUGAAAAUUUGCACAGUAGUAUUCCUCAAUCCAGUUUUGAUGCCUACUUCCACGAGAAUCCACCUUAUUACGAGGCUGCUUCUAGCACCUGCAGCGAUGCUACGGAUGACGAAUCUAGACCUGACAUGCAGGCCCUUGGCGGUGAUAACGCUAGUUUAGAGAAUUCUCAAACGACCGCCGAUACCCACCAGCUCGCUUUUGAUUCAAUUAAUUCGUCCGCUUCUCAUGUUUUUAAUCAUGAGGGUGCUAAGGGCAUCCCAGUCGAAAGAAUAUACGCCCUGCCCAGAGUUGAUUCUCCCAUAACAAUUGAAUUGUUCGUCACGAAGUCUGCUCCAAGGUUUGGGCAGUCUCCUCAAUGCGAGAACAUGCUAAAGGAAUACACAUCCGGUGACAUAAUUCAUGGUUAUUUCACCGUAGAAAACAAAUCAUCUAAACCAAUAAAAUUCGACAUGUUUUAUUUAACCUUGGAAGGCAAGACGAGCUCGAAGACAACAACACCCUUUGGAGUCCAGAAAACAUCAAAAAUAUUUCUGAGAAUGGUAGAUAUGGCAGCGAGUUGGUCAUAUAACCAAGAAGAUGUGAAUACCGGGGAGGAUCUUUUUGGGUUCUAUGACUCCGUUGAUCAAACAAGAUUUGGACUGCCUAAUGAUAGGACACUGAAUCCAGGCGAUAAACGUAAGAAGUUCUUUACAUUCAAGAUUCCCAAUCAGUUAUUAGAUAUAACCUGUAAACACAGGCACUUCUCUCACUCGCUUCUACCACCGACUUUAGGAUUUGAUCGAGCUCAGGGUUCCCAUGCAGAGCUCUCUGCUCCUAUAUUUUCAGAGAGUCUAGGUUAUGGUCGUUUGUCAGAAAGAGGUUCAUCACUAUUGCUAAACGAUAAUUCUAGAAACAGCCUAAUCGGUUACUCAAUAAAUGCUAUGUUAGUGGGAAAAGAUGUGACAUCUGGACAUGUUUGCUUAAUGAGUGAGCAGAAGUACAGCAUUAGAAUAGUUCCGUUUGGAUUUCGUUGUAAUCCGGUUAGCAAAGAGAAGUGUCUCAAAGAUUUAGAAGACUUCAAUAUCAGCAUUGCAAAAAGCCUUGGAAGAAUAGAGAGAGUUUUCUCUAAAUUGAGACGAGGGGCUCCUAUACAUGAAGAGGACAUAUGGGAAAUGCACCAUUCGGACAUGCUCCCUUACUCAAAAAGCAAGUAUUUAUCGAACCCAGUGGCUGGUAAUGUUAAAAACGAAACCAUUGAAAAGAAACACCGAUCCGAAGAGAAUAUUAUCGAAUCUGAAAUGACUUACUCGAUAUCAUCGGUUUUCAACACAAAUCUUAGAAAUGUAUUUUUUAAAGGUAUGCACAACACACCCCUGUCUCACCUGGGCAAGUCUUCAAGGAUGACUUCCGGAAAACAUGGGCUUAUAACGAUAAAAGUAAAACCUCCCGAGAAGUCCUUGUCAUAUUGGAGCCCAAGUCUAAUUCAGAAACAGAAUCUAUUUUCGAAGAAAAGCAGGCAGAGUCAACAGAACUGGUUGACUUUGAAAAGUCUUCUCUCAGUUGAAGAACAAGAGGAACUGAAGACCCUGCAGAUUGAGCUCGUGUGUGUUCAAGCCGCUAAUAGUAUUCCGCAUGCUCCACCGGAGAUCAGUCGUUUACAGACGGAACUAAUUUGUGUAACAGCGAAUACGGAAGACUGUAAACCAGUGGAGUUACAUACUGAUUUUCUGUUAAACGAGCAGAGGUUCAAUCAACUCAAGAAUAAAUUUCAGGGAAUGUUGGAGAACAUUGAAUCACAUUGCGAUAACUUUACUAAGAAUCAAACAAAAAUAAACUCGCUUCUUGUUGAAGAUGCAAGAGUUCGCCUACAUGGUACACCACUCGCAUUUUCUGACCUCAUGCCUCAAAGUACACUUAAAGAUGUGAAGGCUCUAGCCCAUAUGGACGCCAAAGCUGUUGUCGUAAAAUAUGCAUUGAAAACGAAACUAGUUGAGGAGAAAAACAUACAUACUGGUUCCUCUCCUGCAUCUGGAAUGACACGUCGUGCGUCUCGGAGUAUAAUAAAAACAGCUCCAACAAACUGCGAUCAUCCGAUAACUUCGCACCAGAAAUCAAGUGAAUGGAACCGAGUCAGUGCAACGGAGUACAGGAAAACAUUAUUUAUGAGUGUAAAAUAUAAUGAUGGUUUCAGAGCCACUGUGGUACCUAGUUUCGAGAACUGUAUGUGUUCGAGAUCUUAUUUCUUCCGUGUUAAAUUUCAUUUUGAUAAAGGUGCAGGGACUUCAGAAAUUGAUAUUCCCGUUCAAAUCAAAAACUAUCUAACCCAAUAG